AUGAUCAAGCUGAAUCAAGCAAUAGUGGUUGUUCUUCUCUACUCUAGUUCACAAAUUGUAUGCGAUGCUAUAUUGUCUCAACAAAACCAAGCUUAUGGUGACCUAGUCAACCAGAGACCAAUGCAAGAUGACACAAGUGCAUUGAGGUUUACAGAAUUUGCAAAUCAACACACUUCCAUGCCAGAAUCCUGUUUGUAUUCCAUUAAGGAAGCAACUGUUGCUAUUCUUGUUUCGCCAAUUCUUCUCGGUACUUAUUGUAUGACUAACUGGCAACAGCAUGAUUAUUGUAAGGUGAACAGUGGUGUUCUAUGUUACGUAGACUUUAAAAAUGGGUACUUCGCUCAUUUUGGAAUUGCUAUAAAUGGAGCAGAAAAAGGAGAGCUGGUUGCAAUGCUCCUAUCUCCAACUAUUUCAUCACCUAUACCUGCUUCUGUAGAUUCUUCUCGUCACGCAAAUGGAAGCCUAUUCACCAUUUUUCUCACAGCUCCUUUGCAGGCGUUCCUUCUCUUGCUUGGUUUUACCGGUUCUGAAAUUGAAAUGAAAUCAGGUUUUCAGGCUAUGUAUAGCAAGGCUGAGAAUCUGCUUUCCUCUUCGUUAAAUCACUGGGGAUCAAUGUUGGCAGCUUCUGACAAUCUUGAUCCUGUCUGGGCUCAAGUUUUGAGUGAUCCAUUCCUCAGGCGACUUCUCUUAAGAUUCAUGUUUUGUCGGGUGGUGUUAUCGCUAUACGCUCCAACAUUCAACAAGACAAAAUUUCUUCCUGAAUGUAUGCCUUGCCUCCCCGAGGAUGUGCUGCCAAUGAGUACCACAUCUCAAACAACCGUUCUGCAAAUAGCCGACAUCUUUGGUGCAACCAACAAGUUCAUCUUCUCAGAAGGAAUCAUGCUUUCUCCAAGCGGGCAUACCAAUGAGGAGUCAAUUUCAUCUUGA